CUUCAUAUAAAUAGGGUGCCUACCACUUAGUCGACACAUUCGCAGCUCAUCCCGUGCCGACUACAGCUUGCAAUGAAGCUGUUCAUAAUCCUAUCAGUGGUGGCUUGCAGCUAUGCUGCGAAGCUCGACAGGACCUACCUCCCACCGGCCAGCGCCGCCACCGCUGGCGGAAGCCCUGGCUCCUUGACGGGACCUAACGGCUCUCCUUCGGCACCUGCCGGAUCUACUGGCUUUGGCCAAUCUUCGUCACCCGCCUUUGGACAGCCCGGCUCUGGUGCUGGCCAGCCUGGGUCUGGAGCUGGUCAACCCACUGGGUUCGGACCUUCUUCGGGCUCUGGAGGACAGCCUUCUUCAUACAACCAACCUUCAGGAAACGGACAAGCUCCUUCCGGAUCUGGUUACCAGGUUCCGUCGUCUCAAUACGGACAGCCUGCUUCUGGUUCUCCUGGUGGUUCCGGCAGUCCCGGUUUUGGAGGGGCUCCUUCAGGUUCUGGUCCUGCCGCUCAGGGUUACAGCCAAUCAGCUGGGUACCAAGGAUACCAGGCUUCACAGCGCGCCCAAGCGUCUGCCGACGCCAAUGCCGAGAUCUUGAGAUACGACAGUCAGAAUGAUGGCGAGUCCUUCUCAUACAGUUUUGAGACUUCCAACGGCAUUGCUGCUGAGGAAUCAGGAGUUGCCACCAACGGCGUGCAGGCGCAGGGAGCGUUCUCCUACACCGACGACGAUGGCCAGUUCAUCCGAGUAACGUACACCGCUGAUGAGAACGGAUACCAGCCCCAGGGUGACCACCUGCCCACUCCGCCACCGAUCCCCGACGAGAUCCUCAGGUCUCUUGAGGAAAAUGCUAAAGCCGCCGCUGCUGGAAUUCAAGAAGGCGCCUACAAUCCCGACGAAGGUAUCUCUGUAAGCGCUCAGCAGUACAACGCCGGAUCAGACUCCCAAAGCGGAUACGGACGUGGACCUGCAGGCCCUGGCCCCUUCAGCCCCUCAAGUUCUGGAUCUAAUGGCUUCGGUCCCUCUGCUGGAGCCCCUGAAUCGAAAUCAGCUCCUUCUGGACCUAGCGGCUUUGGACCUUCGGGAUCUUCUGGAGCUUCGGGAGCUAAUGGUUUUGGCCCUGCAUCAGGUCCCUCCGGUUCGAACGGUUUCGGUUCUGCUGCGGGCCCUGGUCCUAAGGGCUUCGGUCCCGCUUCAGGCCCUUCCGGAUCCAAUGGUUUCGGCCCUUCGUCAGGUCCUUCCGGUUCCAAUGGUUUUGGCCCUUCUUCCAGCCCUUCUGGCAACGGUUUUGGGUCGUCCUUCCCUCAGGGUCCCCAGCGAUAUUCCAGCCCGUCUGGCCCCUCUGGAUCUUCAGGCCCAUCUGGAUCCCAAGAGUCUGGAUACGAGUAUAACAAGCCUCAGUCUGGUGCUUUUGGUCGACAGGGAUCUGGUCAACCUCAAGGCAGCCGAACAGGAUCUGCCCCAGGUUCACCUGGACAAGGCAUCGCCCCGUCUGGUUCUAAUGGCUUUGGUUCAAGACCUUCUGGAUCUAACGGUUUUGGUGCGGCUCCCAGCCCAUCUGGAUCAAACAGUUUCGGGCCCGCUUCAGGUCCGUCGUCUAACGGAUUCGGUGGUCCCUCUGGUCCUUCCGGAUCUAAUGGUUUCGGUGCUCCUUCCGGCCCCUCUGGAUCUAAUGGAUUCGGUUCCGCUCCUAGGCCUUCAGGAUCUAACGGUUAUAGCUCCGGUCCUGCUUCUUCUGGCGCCAGUGGUUUUGGACCCUCUUCAGGUCCCUCUGUAUCUAGCGGUUUUGGCCCAUCUUCAGGACCUUCCCGACCUUCCAGACCGUCCGGAUCUAAAGGAUUUGGUCCUUCUUCAGGCUCAGGCUCUAGAAGUUUCGGCUCCGCUCCCAGUUCUGGUGCCCCGUCAGGCCCUGGUUUCUCUGGCCAACCUCAAGGAUCUGGAUCAUUCCCAGGAUCUUCUUUCGGCCCAGCAUCAUCAGGCGCUGGUCCUAAAUCGUCGUCGCAACCCGGUGCCGAUGGAUACCAAUACGACCGUCCUGGGCAGUCAGGCUCUCCUGGAUCUCAGCCUUCAGGUCCCCAGGCUGGUGGUCAAGGCAGGCCAGGGCAAGGAUUCGGCGCUCCCCGCCAGCCCCCAAGCUUCACAGAAGAAGAAGGAUACAAAUACUGAACCAAAGGAUCGAUUAACUACAAAAUCGUGGGCAUUAUGAAAAAAACAAAAAAAAAGUAGACGCUUCAGUAAGAUUUUGUACAUAGUGUUUAUACAUGUGUAUAGAACGUAUUGUAAUAUAUAUCACUGUGUGAUGAAUAAAGUUUUAAGCAAA